AUGGCCGAGGACAGUCACCCCACUUACCUCUCGCCCAGCGAGCUGGGCACAAAGGAUUACUGGGAAACAUACUACGCACGCACGCUCGCGCACAUCGCUAAAACACAAGACGAGACCACCUCCCCCGCCGACGAAGGCAAAGAAGACUCCGACAUCAACGAGGAAGAUGACCCCGGAACAUCAUGGUUCUCAGAACACAACGCCCCAGAGAAAGUCCUCCGGUUCCUAAAAGCACGAACCUUCCCCCUCUCACCACGCAACACACUCCGACAACAAGAACGCAGGUCCACCACUCCCAACACCCAGCCUAGCAUUCUGGACCUCGGCACCGGAAACGGGAGUAUGCUUGCGCUCAUGAGAAAGAAAGGAGGGUUCACCGGUCCAAUGGUCGGGGUGGACUAUUCAGCGCAAAGCAUCGAGUUAGCACGCGGAUUACAGAAAACUCGCGGCCAUUCCGCGUACCAUACGGAAUCUGAAGACGAAGAGGAUGAGCAGGAAGACGGCGAAGAGGAGAAGGGCUAUGUGGACGCUGAGAAAGAAGCCGAUCAAGAGGUUGUGGAGGUAUCCGUGGGGGCUCAUGGUGCUGCGCCAAUCCGGUUCGAAGAAUGGGAUAUUUUGGGCUCGAAGGCGAUGCUUUCGCCGUCGGGGAUGGCGGUGCAGGUUCCUGAAGGAGAAGAAAGGUUACCUUGGUUUCCGUACGAGGAAGGCGGGUUUGAUAUUGUCUUGGAUAAGGGGACUUUCGACGCGAUCUCGUUGGCGAGCGACGCGAAGGAGACGAGGGUUUGUGAGCGUUAUCCCGAUAUCGUGAGGCGGUUGAUCAAAGCUGGGGGGGUUCUUGGUUGUUACGAGCUGUAA